CCACAUAUGUCAAGUAUUCCAUGUUAUUCCAUUGUGUGUUUUCUAAAUUUCUCUUUUUCUUUACAGUGCGGACACCACCUCCGCAGCCACGGCCACCUUCUCCAACACUCGGUGAACCAUGGAGGGACGUAAACUGGGGAGACAAAGAGGUGGAUCUUCAGUAUGUGAAGGAGUAUAAGCCUGAAAGGGACGACAUCAGACAUCUCAGAAUUCUUCUGUACGGACCCGUCGGAGCUGGAAAGUCCAGCUUCAUCAACUCUGUCAGCAGCGUCCUACGAGACAGAAUGAGUAUCCCUGCUGCCGCCAGUGCAACAACUUCUGACAAAAGUUUCACCAGAAAGUAUGAAACUCAUACAAUCAGAAAGGAAAAAGGAAACCCACAGACAUUUUAUCCUUUCGUCUUCAAUGACAUCAUGGGUCAGGAGGAAGAUUCUGGCUCUGGAGUUCAUCCUGAAGACAUCAAACUGGCCAUGAAGGGACACGUGAGAGAGAAAUACAAGUUCAAUCCUGUAUCUCCGCUGUCCAGUGAAGAUCCAGGCUACAACCCAGAACCGUCUGCAGAUGACAAAGUUCAUGUUCUGGUUUGUGUGUUUUCUGCUAACUCAGCAGAAACUACGGAGUCAGUUCUGCAGAAGAUGGCAGACAUCAGACAGGAAGCCGGUGACCUGGGGAUUUCCCAGAUGGCAAUGAUGACCAAGAUCGAUGAAGCCUGUGGUGAAACUGAGAAGAACCUGAGGAAUGUGUACAAGAGCAAACACCUGAAGAAGAAGAUGAAAGACUUCAGUGCAGCAGUUGGGAUCCCGAUGAACUGCAUCUUUCCUAUCAAGAACUACAGUGAAGAAAUCGACAUCAGUGAUGAUGUUGACAGUCUGAUCCUGAGCGCUCUGAGAUGUAUGAUCGACUUUGGAGACGACUUCAUCAACAAAUUAUGAUCAGAAGGAGGCUAAAUCUGAAUCCACCUACAUGUUUUAAAGGGUUGGAGUUCAGAGGGAAAUGACAGUUUAUCAUAAUCUGGUUUUAUCUGUAUAGCUCAGCUUUGAUGAGGUCGAUUACAGCUUAGCUUCAACAGCUACAUCAGUAAUCUUGCUUUACAUUAAUGCACAAGUGACAAUAACCUGAUGACAUCAGAAUAAUACAACAGUCACAGUUAUAGUAGAAUCAUUUCUUUAACUAUAUUUUCCUGAUUAUACCUGCAUGCUUUUACUGAAGUAACAUUUUCAGUAAAGUAAAUUAUCUAUUAAAUUAAUUGUAUUUCACACUUGUAUUUUGCUGCCAAAAUGUAACACAGCAUACUACUGGAAAAGUUCAAUAAAUCAGAUGCUUUUGCCUUUU